AUGUACUAUCAAGGCAAUCCCUAUGGCUGUGAAUGGGGUAACAUGUCCUGGGGCCAUUUGACGUCACGAGAUCUAAUUACUUGGGAGGUACAAACUUCCCCUGCACUGAUCCCAGAUCAGUCAUACGAUGCCCAGGGUGUUUUCACCGGCUGUAUGGUCCCUCCACGAUCAGGGGCCGGCAACCAGCUUACGGUGGCCUACUCGUCCAUCUGCAAGUUGCCCUUUCAUUGGAGCACUCCUCCUUAUCCCCGCGAUGCCGCCGGACUGGCGAUUGCAACAUCGUAUGACGCCGGAAAAUCCUGGCAGAAAUGCUCUGAGAACCCCAUAGUAUCAGGCGAGCCUGCGGACAUGCCAGUCACGGGCUUUCGUGAUCCGUUCAUCGCCCCAUGGCCGGCUGCAGAUGUUCUGCUGGGUCAUGAUUCUGGCACAAAGUUGUACGGACUCGUAUCCGGAGGCAUCCAAUCUUCAGGUCCCACCACGUUUUUGUAUGAGAUGCAAUCUUCCGAUAUCACCAGCUGGAAAUUCAUUGGCUCUUUAGUCGAUUUGCCUGUCAACUUCCAGCCGUCGAAGAAAUGGAAUGGUAGCUAUGGAGUCAAUUGGGAAUGUGUCAAUUUCUUGUCGUUUUCGACUGACUCGAAAGAAAAGAAUAUUCUCAUCAUAGGAGCUGAAGGGAAUAUUGAGCGUGAUCAAAUUCGAUCUUUUGAACUCCCAGUGGAUGUCACUCCUCGGACUGUAAGAACGCAGGUUUGGAUGUCUGGAGAUCUUGUCAAAAACUCCGCAGGCAUCAAGUUCCAGUACCAGUCGGGCGGAUUUCUCGAUCACGGCGCAUACUACGCGGCUAACUCAUUUCGAGAAGCUAAAUCCGGUCGCUACAUUGUGUACGGAUGGGUCCCAGAGGAGGACAUAACGGCUGAGCGUGCCAGGAAGAAAGGGUGGAACGGGUCACUCGCAUUGCCCCGAGAACUGUUUCUGCUCAAGGUUCCAAGGGUUGUCAAGGCGCUGCAUAGCUCUCUCACAGAGAUAACGAACUUUGAAAUGGAAAGACGAGGAGAUGGUGCUUUUGACCUAUAUACAUUGGGAAUCCGGCCAAUAGCUGAAUUCGAACAUUUCCGCAAUCUCAGUAUCAAAAAGUAUCAGAGCGAGAGCUCCAUCGAACUUCCUCAGUCAUCACAAGGGCGGCACCAAUGGCUCUACUCAACAAUAUCUGCAACCUGGGAGCUGGAAGCCACCAUUUCAGUGUCGGCCGGUUGCGAGACAGUUGGGUUUUGUAUCAGGCAUAACCAUGACUUCUCAGUUUGCACCACCAUCUUAUUUUCCACCCUUCUACAGAGCAUCACAGUCAACCGUGAAGCCACCAAUGUUGAGCCUGAUAUCAACAGGUGCUCAGAAUCGGGACCCUUCACCCUGUUUACCUCCAGAAGAGGUACCGAAAACCAGACUGGCCCUGUCGACCUCCUACAAGAACCACUUCGCCUGCGGAUUAUCCUCGAUCGGGAUGUGCUCGAGGUCUUUGCAAACGAUCGCUUCGCUCUCGCCACCAUGGUUUAUUACAGUCAACCUGAUAUGAAGCUCAGAGACAUUACUGCACUGGCCACUGGUGAGGAUGGCAGUGCUGUUAUUGAGAAUGUUCGAGUUUGGGACGGGCUGAAUGGUGGAAAGUCGGCGUUUGCUACCGACUAG